AGACCUGUUAUCGACCCCAAUGUUUCUUCCUUUCACAAUCUAAACUUGUUGAAGCUUCAUCUUCUGAACCUACCCUUCAAAACCGAAAAGUUCUCCGACAGAGACAAAGGGAACGAGAAAGAGAAAGGUCGGAGCAGGAGAAGAAUGUGGCACAUGUUGGUGUUGGACGAGGAACAGAAGGAACUGGGUCGGCGACAAGCUCCAGGAUCAUGCCCUUAUUGUGAUGGCAAGGUUGAAGCCAUGGAUGUUGAGAUCCAGUGGAAAUUUUGCUUCUUGCCCAUGUGCUUCAAGAUCAAGAGGAAGUUCUUCUGCACUUCUUGUGCCAGACGUUUAGAAUUAUACUUUUGAACCACUUCUUAUUAUUCUUAUUAUCAUCAUCAUCAUUUUAUAUAUAUAACCCUCAAGCUUCUGUUUUCCCUUGUUGAAUAUUCUGAGAUUUUGACCAAGGUUUUCAUAUGUAAAUGGAUUUAUCUAUGUUUAAUUGUGUACCCUUUUCCCCCUUCUUCUUGUAAACUGAUCUUGAUCCUGUUGAGCAAUGAAAGUUCUUUUUCUUUUUCUUCUUUA